CACAAGGAACUCUGACACUAGGGAGCUGCAGAAGAUAUCAUAUGACCCUAGUUCUGCUCUAUCAGUGUCUGAUUUCACUGACCUCCCCAGUGCCCAGGAACAGCUCUCCUCUGUAAUGAACACAGUGCUAACCAGGGCCACGCCCAUCACACCAACAAAAGCUGGUAAGAAAGUGACAGAUUUUUAUUUUCCAAGGUCAUGGUAGGAUGCAAAUUGAACAGUAUGACAGUGUAUUUAUUGUAGCUGAGGCAAGCCAGCAGCACUCUGAGAAUACAUUUGUUCCAGAUUAUACAGAGUACAUUGUUAAAUUCCAGGUUAGCUUUGGUCAUCUGACUUUCACAUGGAAAACAUUUGACACAUGAACCUGAACAUGUCUGACAUUUUUUAUUCCCUAGUGGAGAGACAGCCAGCAGGAAAAGAUAUUGUGUUCUUGUUGGAUGGAUCUGAUGGUACUAGAACUGGCUUCCCAGCUGUGAAAGACUUUGUCCAAAGAGUUGUAGAGACACUCAGUGUGGAUGACAACAAAGACCGUGUCUCAGUGGUUCAGUACAGCAAAGAGCCAGCUGCCCAAUUCUAUCUGAACACGUACACCACAAAAGGCGACAUCCUUGACACUGUCAGAGGAUUGAGGCACAAAGGUGGAAGACCCCUCAACACUGGAGCAGCUCUCCAGUACUUGAGGGAUAAUGUCUUCACGGCCUCUGCUGGAAGCAGGCUCCAGGAAGGAGUCCCACAGGUCCUAGUUUUGAUAAGUGGUGGAAGGUCUUUUGACAGUGUUGAUGCACCAGCCUCUGCUCUCAAAGAGCUGGGUGUCUUGACCUUUGCAAUUGGAACCAGGAGUGCUGAUAGCAAAGAACUGCAGAAGAUAUCCCACGACCCCAGCUAUGCACUAACUGUGUCUGAAUUCACUGACCUUCCCAAUGUCCAACAACAACUUCAGUCCUCCGUGGAGGCUGUGGUUAUCGAGGUCUCCCCAGAAUCACCACCUGUUCCUGUCGAUACUGCCAAAAAGGAUAUCGUUUUCCUCCUGGAUGGUUCUGAUGGCACACGGAAUGGCUUCCCUGCCAUGCUUGAUUUUGUUAAGAGAGUGGUGGAGAAAUUGAAUGUAGGACCUAACAAUGACCGUGUCUCUGUGGUCCAAUACAGCAGAGAUGCAGAGAUCCAUUUCUAUCUGAACACAUACACCACAAGACAGGAUAUUUUGGAUACAGUCAGAGGGCUGAGACAUAGAGGAGGCAGACCCCUCAACACCGGGCGGCCCUCCAAUACGUCAGGGACAACGCCUUUACAAACUCCUCCGGGAGCAGGCGCCUGCAAGGUGUUCCACAAAUGUUGAUCCUGCUAAAUGGUGGAAGGUCUUUUGACAAUGUAGAUACCCCAGCCUCUGCUCUCAAACAGCAGGGUGUCUAUGUGAUAGGCAUUGGCACAAGGAACUCUGACACUAGGGAGCUGCAGAAGAUAUCAUAUGACCCUAGUUCUGCUCUAUCAGUGUCUGAUUUCACUGACCUCCCCAGUGCCCAGGAACAGCUC